CAAUAUCUUUCACAACAUGUUUUUAAAUAAUCUUCAUAAACAAAUGAUUUCUUAUGGACCUUCAUAGUUCCGGAUGAAUAUCAUGAACCGAACUAUAUCAGGUUAUAACGGUUACCGGACUUUUAAGUUAACGCGAAGGCACUAACGUAAAGAAGGCACUAACGUAAAGAAGGCACUAACGUAAACCACUUCCGGUGGGGUUUUGUAACGAUGUAACAAUAAACUUAUGCAAUUUAAAAAUGCGGAAUCAUUGAGAACAGAAAACCGCAGGAAGAGCUGAUGUCUCCUGUGCGGUGCUCGGUGAGCAGUGCAUUGUGGGGGAUGUGUGCAGCUGACUCCGUGUCCAUGCCGGUCCACUGGUACUACAACGUAGACGACAUCAGGAGGGACUUCGGCGGCUGGAUGUCCGGCUUCGCGGCCCCCAGAGACCGACACCCGUCCAGCAUCCUCAGCCUCUCCAACACCGCCGGUAGCGGUCGGACCGCCUGGUCCUCCGGCGCCAAGCGACCCGAUGUGGUCGGUAGUGUGAUCCUCCACGACAAACUGGACCUGUGGAAGACCUCCAAGGGCUCCGUGCACUACCAUCAAGGUCUUCAGUCUGGGGACAACACCCUGAACGUCCUCUGUUCCCUCCGAGCUGCCCGCUCACUCGUCUCCGGAGGUUUCCGCGACGUUUCUCGGCCGGACGCUCGUGCCGCCGUGCUGUCGGACUACGUCCACUUCCUGACCACGCAUGGCUCGCACCGCGACACGUACGCCGAGUCCUCCCACCGCUCAUUCUUCUCCAGCUGGCGGGAUGGCAGGCCGACGUCACCCCGUCAGGUUCUGGCCUUUGCAGAAAAACGCAGCAAGCAAAUGUUGAGCUCCUCGUUCCCCGACAGCCAGCUGGACGCCAUUGGCUGCCUACCCAUGAUCCUCCCCUUCAUCCUGUUGUCCGCCUCGGCCAAUGAGGAGCAAGCUGUCUCAGCAGCUGUAGAAUUCGUGAAGCUCACCCACCCCCACCCGAAGGUGCCCGAAUACGUGUCAAUCUACAGCCGGGCGCUGCACGCCGUUCUGGGUGGAGCCAGCGUCCGGCAGCAGGCGGAGCACGCUCUGAAGAGGUUGGACGCCUGGGAGGACUGCCGAAGUUACGGAUGCAAGGCGGCCAGGUUUCCUCGGGGUUCUGACGAGCAGCUGAAGGUCCAUCAGAGCGCCGUGAGCUACCUGGGCCUGGCCUGCUACACUAAAGGAGCUUUGUCCAGCUUGUUCUAUCUGGCCCACGAGUUCCACGACGACGUCAGUGGAGGAAUCCUGGCCAACACCAACUGUGGAGGGGAGAACUGUAACCGCGGGGCGGCGCUGGGGGCCCUGCUGGGGGCCGGGGGGGCCUACAGGGGCGCCAGCAUCCCCCAGGAAUGGAGGGACCAGCUGAGAGACGCCCAGGAGUUCAUUCCCGACAUCAUGAAGGACAUGGAGUGACAACAUUACCAAAAUAAAAGCUUGUCUUCCUGUUUACAAACGCAAACAUUUAUUAUUUUCAUUUGAAAUUUAAAAAAAUUCCUUAAUUAA